GAUGGAUGUGAUCGACAACGAUACCAUAUUGGGAUUAUAGCAAUUUUCACAGAUUGAUGGGAAAGAAGUGAGGCUAAAGGAGGGCAAACUUGUUGGAACUAACAAGCUGCUACGGAGUGACUGCAGGAUUGAAGGAAGAGGAGAGAGAAAGAGGGCAGAAUGGAUACACUAAACACAAUUUGAGGAGAUCAAUUUGAACAAGUGAAAAGACUUUCCGUUUCCGUCUGUCUGCUGCCAGGCGUCAGACCCAACUUGCGGGUGCACACUAACACAGAGUAAUUUUCUCAGCGUCAGCCAGUUGACCGGUGAAGUCGGCGCUGUAGGGAAGAUUGGCGAUGAUCCGCUUUCGGCUUUGCCAGAAGUGUCAGGGCCAUUGCCGUUAGAGCUCAUUGUGUUUGCAGUGGCACAGCAAGUAAGAGAGAGAGCGGGCAGUGUGUAGCAAUCUAAGGAUGACACCCGCACUUUAUUCCAUCAGAUAGUGCUCAGUGAGGUGUGUGGUGCAGCUCGUCACGCUUUGUCUCUGCAAUACAAACACAUACACACAUACACACACAUAUUAAACACACAUACUUACACAUACAAACAUACGAGAGCUACACACUCCCUGAAACCGACGAUGCAUUAGGUCCUGACAAUCAGUGGAACUCUGUCAGGAUCUUAAACACAGCAGGCUUUCAGAUCAGUGUGUAUGAGUGAGUGUGUAUCAGGAGUGCACCCAAGGACUGACUGUACCCAGUGGAGCAUGUUGGAAAGGAAACGUUAGGCAGGUCGAUGCUGCACGAUUAUACUGUCUGAUAGCCUGUGAUUAUUCUGAGUCUAAAAUUACCAUGUAAAAUCACUGUCCAUUGAAGCUACAGUGUAUACAUGAUAGCAUAUCAAAAGAGCACUAGCAUUCAAGCGACUAAUGGUAGAUACCUUGUGAGAAUAAUGUGCAAGUCUCUGAGGAAAAAUAGCAGACGAAAAAGUGUAAUAUGUAAAACUAAGGCCUGCAGUUUGCUCAACCCCUUGCAAGUUGGUUAUUCUUCACAGGGCAAGCACUUCCACUCUCUGUCUUUAUAGACCAACACUCAAGCUCAAUGGAUUUUAUUUAACCUUAGCUAUCUCUAGAUGAGUUGCAAGAUAGUGUCUCCAUCUCUCCAGAGGCCUGGCCGGUUCAGUUAUAGCUCAAGGGAACAUUGACUCCUGCCUGCCGGUUUGUUGGGUGAGAAGUGCAGAAAAACUUCUUUGACUCAUUAAAAUACAAUCUGUUCGAGAAUGAGCAUUGUUGCCCUAGAUUUCUCUGUCCUCGAGGGCAUGGCAAUGUAGGUAGCUCUGUUUCAAAAGUAAACAUUCAGUCAACAUCAGUAGAGAUAAACUUGACUUGCUUUGGAAUAGUUUCUCAGCCUGUAACUGACUGAAAUAUAGUAUCAUUGAUGUUUUCUGUUCCUUGGAGCAGUGUGGUUUGACCUACAGGAGACAAGCCUGUUGUUGUGGUUCAUUUUGUGGUUCAUUAUUAAAGAGUCUGGUGCUCAGAACUGGCUCUGGGUUUUGACACAGUUGAGCUAAUUAAGUUGUUGCUCAUUUGGUUAAUUGCAUAGCUGCCAUUACUGAAUACCCUAGCUGGUAAAGAACACAGUAUAGCAGGUCUGCUUUGGUAACUUUUGGUAUUGGUUUUCUGGUUUAUUGAUCUCAGAGUCUUGGGCUUUGGUCUCAAGAGACUCAGAGCACUGUGGUAGAAAAUAGCUAUCCUAGCAGCCUUUUUGCUUAGAUGGGACUGGGCCCCCGUAAUGCUUUGUUGCAGCAAAACUUCUGCACUGUAUGGAUUUAAGACAAUGCAUGUUUUAAAGUCUCUCUAAACAGCACAAGGUGCUAAAGUCAACAGUGGAAGUUUUUGUUGCUCCAAACUCAUCUCUGUGUGUCUAAAUCACUAGCUCUUUUAGCGCCCUGAGCUGGUCAGACUUCUGUGUUUUGCAUGCAAGCUCUGGCUACAAUUCAGUUCUAUGUGACCUAGCGGCUAAAGCAGUUUCUUUGUAUGUGUUGUCAUGCAGUGUAGUACAUAGUGCGUCCUUUCUUUAAGUGUUGUCCUCAAACAACAACUACUGUCUGAUUGCACUAAAGUAAAGCUGGGCAGUUAGCGUGUGCACGUGUCUGCAGCAUUGCAGUUGAGAACAAAUCAGAGUGUGUGUGUGUGUGGACUAGUUUGUCAGUAGCAGUGCAGGCAGGGUCACAGAGGAACCAUUGAUCAAACGUGCACAUCCUCACACACACAUACACACACGUUCACACAUCCCUACACACAGCUUCUCAAUACACAAUGAGGCCUGUCCGGAGCUCUGUCCUUUGCCGCCUCCUCCCUGCCCCUCUCUCUCUGGCCCUGCGCAGCCUGGUCUUGGUCCUGCUCUGCAUCGCUCCCCAUUGUCAGGCAGUGCAGGCGGAGAAUGUGACAGUCUUGGAGGGAGGUACGGCCCAGAUCUCCUGCCGCCUGCAGAACUACGAUGGAUCAAUCGUGGUCAUCCAGAAUCCCCGCCGACAGACCCUCUUCUUCAAUGGCACGCGAGCCCUGAAGGAUGACCGUUUCCAGAUGGUGCUCUUCACGCCACGGCUGGUGCGCAUCACGUUGACCAACGUCAGCGUGUGGGAUGAGGGCGGCUACUUCUGCCAGCUCUACACAGAUGCUACACACCACCAGGUGGCAACACUGUCUGUUUUGGUGCCCCCGGAGACGCCCGCGGUGGAGGUGAAGCAGGAGGCGGUGGAGGGCGGCGAGGUGGAGCUCACCUGUGUGUCGCCACGCAGCAAGCCGGCCGCCACCCUGCGCUGGAUUCGUAAUGGCCGGGAAAUACCAGGUGUGGUAUCCCAGCAGGACAAUGGUAAGACGUUCAGUGUGUCCAGCACCAUCCGAAUCCCGGUAGAAAGGAAAGACAACGGGGCAGCACUGAGCUGCGAGGCAUUCCACCCGGCACUCAGCGGGCAGAAGAGGAUUCGACACUAUCGCUUGGAUGUGUAUUUUGCACCUACAGUUAGAAUUGUUCCUCCUUCUGGCAUUUUGCGAGAGGGCGACUCGCUGAGUCUCACCUGCUCCGUCACUGGGAACCCUCUGCCGAGGAACAUUCAGUGGUCUAAGAUUAAUGACACCUUACCUGAGAGGGCAGAGAUUUCUGGCCCUACCUUUCAGAUUUCCCGUCUCAGCCAAUCACACAACGGGACGUACUUGUGCCAGGCCCAGAACAACUACGGACGCGCUGCUGAUCAUUAUGCCCUAUUGGUGUAUGAGAAUGUGUCAGUCACUACCACGGUCCCUCCCACUCCUACCACCCAUCCAAUCACCUCCCAUCCCACCACCCCAACCCUCCUAACAUCCAGCUUCGCCCCGGACCCAAAAGAUCCUGGUGCAGUGGUAGAAACUCACAGUGCAGUACCAUAUGCAGUGAUAGGUGGAGUUCUGGCACUGCUGGUUUUCACCAUCAUCUGUGUCCUCAUUGUCACCAUCUGGUGCUCUGUCCGACAGAAAGGCUCGUACCGUACCCGAGAGCCUAUUCUUGCUUGGUAUUGACCUAACAAUCAGUUAACUAAUGAAUUAAUCAGUUACAGGUUCCUAUCUUACCCAUGAGGCCAGUGGGUUGGAUGAACACGGUGAGGUGCAGGAGGCCUUUCUCAAUGGGAACGACGCCAGCCAGGGCAAGAAGGAGUACCUACUGUAGCCCUUCUCCUUCCCUAUUCCCUUCUAUUCUGACCUCAUCCCUCUAUCUCUUACUCUCCCUGUAUUUCACCUUAUAUACAGUAUACACACAUACACUUACAUAUACAACACGCCAUUACAGGCGGCCUUCUGAAAACGACUGUAUACAGAUACUGCACAUAGCCGAUCCAUCCCACUCCAUUCCACUCCCUACCCUCCUUAUACACACACCCAGAGACAGACUCAGAAAAAUAGAGCCUAUAGACCCACCAGCCAUUAACGACUGUGCCAUAUACUGUAAGUCGGAGAAACUGGGGAAAAUGUAGAGAGCGAGGGGGAUGGGUGAGGUGAAAGUAGACAAAAACUACAUGAUGCCAUAAUUAUUUUGAUCGAGAGGGAAGUGGGGAGCACAAAGAAAACAGGCACUCUGCAGUCGCCAAAGUGGAAGGGGAAUUAGAAAGCGGGUGACUGCUAUAAUUCCAUGCCUGGAGAAAAACAUCCAUUUCACAAUGCUCAAUCUUUAACUGGCGGACAAAGUGUGAGCAGUGGUGGGGGUGUUGGCGGGGGGGGGAGUUGACCAGGAGCUAUUGAGCGGUAGACGCUAGAAAAUUAAAAUUUUUGCAAUUGCCAAAGUAUCUUGCCCACAGAGCGCAACUCAUAAAUAAUUCCCUAACAACACUGGAGGUGUCCAUACUAUAUGAACAGGCUAACUGUCCUGUUUUCUAUCCCUGUUGGGUGGCCUGCCAAUAAUUUUGGCUGGAAAAAUGAACCCCCCCCCCCCUCGCUGCAACAGUGAGGAAAAGGCAGUUCUCUUUCCUUGUAACUAUCGCCCCCUUUCUCUCUGUUCACCUGUUACCAUCCUCUCCCCUCUCCCUUAUAUCUCUCUUUCUCUCUGUCUGUCCCCCUCUAUCGCUCCUCCUUUGUUGGCUCCUAAUAAUGAAAGGAUUAGUAUUGGGCUGUGUUCCCGACAAAGAAGAAAGGAAUAUGACUUGCUAAGGCAUUAAAUAAAAGCGUAAUUAUUUUAAAAUGUCAUUAAGAGGAUAAAAAAAAGGUUUAAAAGUCUUAAUAAGUAGGACAAGGGGAGUGAUAGCAAAAGGAAUGAAUGAGAAAUAAAUGGAUGGAUAUUUUUCUGAAUGAUACCACACAUAUGCAGAUACACACGCACAUUCAUACAUACAGUAAACAUGUUGACAGAACAAGUAUACAUAUCUUUGAAUUCCUUAUUUGUAUAAAAAAGAACAGCAACAUAAAGUAAAGGAAACUUUUAAGAAUUAAGAAAAAAGUUUACUAUUGAAACGCAUUAUGAAGCAACUAUACUAACACAGAAUAUUAGCCUAUAGAGGUGAAAAGCCGAACAAACUACUGUCCAGUGAACUUUAAAGAAAAUAAAGAAAAGAAUAAAAAAAUCAUUUGUCUUUAUGAUAAACCAGAGGUCUUAUUGCUUUUUUAUUAAUUAUUAUUAUUUGAACAAUUAUGAUUGUUGUUAAUGUUAUUAUUAUUGCCGUUGUUAUUAUUACAAUUGUAAAUGUUAAAGAAAUGUACACUUCCCAUGGUUUGUUUUUUGUUUGACUGUAGAGAAAUUGCUGUCUUUUUUCACUCUUACCUUUCCUCUCUUUCCCAGUCUUUCUCUCUCUUCGUCUCCUGUGCCUAGUCGUCUCUUCUCCUGUCUUUCACUCUUGUUUAUUUUAGAGUCCAUGUGUCAUUGUUGAUAUAUAGCUAACUAUUUCUUUAUAGGGGAAAGAUACAAAGCACGACAAAAUAAAAAAGAAUUCAAAAAUAA